AGAAAAAUAAAGAAGAUUAGCGAAAUCAUGAAUCCUUUACUAGGUGUUGCUAUUGGUUACUGUAUGGUGGUACUGCCAACGCUGGGUGUAGUUACUACAACUGCAAUCAGGGGCGCCAAAUCCAUUCCGGAAGCUGUUCUGAACUCCAACAGCUGGAUCGGAGCCACCAUAACAGAACUUCUUGUACUCUUCAUGUACUCUUGGAUCUGCGGCAAACUCAAAGAUAGCGAGGAGGGGAUAUUCGAAGCAGUGUACUCGUUGAACUGGUACGAACGGGACGUUAAGUACCGGAGGACCGUUCUUGUGAUAAUGGCGAAGAGUCUUCAGCCAAAGAAGAUGCAGAUGCUCUACUGCGGUGUGAUGGACAGGGAGACCUUCGUCGCAGGCCUUAAAGCAAUAUACAGUUUCUAUAACUUCAUGAUUGGAUUUGAAUGAGUAUUCAGAAACGCACAUUUCAUAGACACUAAAAAUUAGUUUUCUACAAGCACAAAUGGAUUUAUAUCCUUAGAAGCAAGGGUAUUCUCUUGUUUUGUAGGUUCUAAGUAAUAUUAACUGUAGAAUAAAUAUAUUUG